AUGCUUACAAAAUAUUUUACUAAAGUGGUGGUUAGAUUUAAUCCAUUCGGAAAAGAAGCCAAGACAGCAAGGUUAUUUCUGGCAUCAAUACCUCCAAGACAACGUAUAAUGGGUACAAAGAUCGAGAAUGAAUUACUGAAUAGUACAUCUACCAAGGAACCUAUAAUUAAGGUGGUGUACAAGGAUAAGAAAGAAGAUAGUGUCGAUCCAAGAGUGUUAUCCUUCAUGGAAAUUGCCAAUAAAUUAGAUGGUCACUCCAGACAACUGAGAUUGAAGGAAACAAUUGAAAACCACUGA